AUAGCAAACAUCUCUGACUGACUGAAAUGCGCUGCAUAAUGUCUCUGUUCACCAUCACUCUCAUCAGCAGCGUUCUUCUGAGCCUGUUUCCUCACACUCCAGUAGCAUAUGGGCCGCUGAACUAUGCCUGUUGUGUGAAAUACACUCACAAUCCUCUGCCCUUUGGUGUGAUCAAGGGCUUCAUGGAGCAGAAGUCCACCGAGGUGUGUCGCAUAGACGCCAUCAUCUUUCUCACCAAGAACAACAAGAAGGUAUGUGCGAGCACUAAGGAUCAGUGGGUGAGAGCAGCGCUUGCACGUCUGAGGUCCAAAAUAGAGAAACUGACAGAACAGGGAACUCAGCGUCUCUCCACUGCAGGACUGAAACUCACGAUUCACACAACCACCAAAAGUCCAUGAAGCUUUUGCAAAUAACGUGACUUUAAACGCUUUUAACAUAUGAAGGCAGAUUCUAUUAAUUACUGAUGAUUAUCCUCAUACAUCAUGCUUUAAAUUCUAUUCUGACUAUAUAUCCUUAACAAUAAAAAAGACUGUUUAUACAUA